AUGAUGAAUUUUGCGGAAGACGGAGGUUCUCAAGACGAAUGUGAUCUGUCUGGAAUGUUCAACUUUAAUGAAUACGAAGAGUUCGACGAACAGAGAGUCUAUGAAAAUAUAGAUUUUUCGAUUCUGUCCGAAACAAAACGUGCGACGUUCAACGGUGGUAUAUCGACUUCCGUGGGCGAUACCUUCCACGACCUAGACGUAAAACCUGACAUGGGUAUUGUGGCAUUGAACGGUAAUGUGUCAAUUCAUGAAGGUGAAAAUCGAUCAGUACACGACACUAACGAUCGUCUAUCGACUCCCAGCGACGACACUAUCCGCUACCGAGAGGACUCUGAUACGAAUUUUUCGACAUUCAAUACAUCGAUUUUCAAAAGUGACAAACGGUCUGAAUUGGACGCCAAUAGUACUUUAUCAACCCUCGAGGACGAAAAACGGUUAGAGAAGGAGGUUCCGCGUAGUAAAGACAAUCACUCCAUUAUGAAUGUCACGACCCUGGACGACAGCAUGUUGAUUUUCAAAGAUAAAGGACGACACGACGCCACCCAGGAUCCAGUCAAUUCUAUUCCACUAAUUCAGACGGGCACGUUGUAUUGUGAUGAAAUAUUGACGAAAGGCGAUGAACCACGAGCUAGCCUUGAUGAUUAUGGAAAACGCGUUGGUAACGCGCAGCCACCUUGCGAGCACGCUCCGCCCACGACAAAUAAUGGAGAGUUAGCCUUGGGCUUUGAAACCGAACUGGUUGAGGUGCCAAGUAUGGGAAUAGCUCACCCUAAAGAACAACUCUUGAAGGCAAUAAACGACUUCAACAAGAAUGUGGUAGAGAUUCAGCGAGUUCGUUUUAAGCAGAUGAUGUUCCAGAUCCAGGAAAUAGUCAAUGAAAUCUUGGCUGAAGUAGAACGACUUGAAAACACUUUUAAGUUCCAAAGAAUGAGCCCUGACAGUUAUUAUGAAAUGAAGUCGCAAAACGAAGUGGACAUACUUGUUGUCAUGGAAAACAUUUCGCACACAGAAUUUAUCAUCGAGGAUAUGAAAACACCAACUGGAUUUGCACGAAUACGUAUGACGUCAGCAUACAUGACGUCAUUAGAUGCAAUGAGGUCAUCAGAUGUAACGUCAGAACCUAAUAUGGGGUCGUCAGGUGGCACCAUUUUCCAUUGGUGCACGGACACUGAUUCUGGUGAGGUCUAUUUCUCACCUAAAAAGUUGUGCAUGAAAUUUGCUGCCUCAGUUUCUCGGGCAGCGGCGAAAAUUUUACGGCGUGGCUCGAGCCCACUCAGAAAGAAAGUGACGUUUUCGGACAGAGAAGAGACAUUCCCUUUCGUCGUAAAUCUUAUACCUACAGUCGCCUGUCCGCAGACCUGGCCGCUGUGUGCGUACUGGCUCAGAAAUUACACUAAACGAUGGCCGUCGCCACACGUCAAAGAUGAGGUCGUUAAGGGGGGAAUGCAUCUCGUUGCCAUGGCGACUAGCCAAGAGUCUGAUCCUCUAUGGCGAAUAAGCUUUUGCUCCGCACGUCGGCGUCUUCUUCAGGCUGAUGGUGAUGGAAAAAAGAAUUGCUUGCGCGUGUUGAAAGUUCUCCUCGUAAAAGACUUGUCGAGACCCAAAGGCAUCACGCCGCUGUACCUAGAAAACAUUGUACUAUGGGCGAGUAGGAAGCACUGGCAAGAAGAGGAAUGGGCCGAGUCUAUGUUAGCCGACAGAUUCUUGGAGAUGUUGGUGGCGCUGCACAAAUGUCUGGAAAAUAAGGAUUGUUAUAACUUUUUUGUACCAACAAUGAAUCUUUUCAAUGAGUUGAAACCCGAUGCUUUGAAAGUGUUGGCUUCGAAAGUUGAAGACAUCUUGCGUGAUCCCUUCAAAUAUCUGAAAACCUAG